AUGGCGGACGAGACAGCGGCGCCGCUGCUCCCCUCAGCUACCCUCAUUGCCGACGCGCCACGCCGGAACAGGUUUGCCUUCGUCUGCGCCACGCUCGCCUCCAUGACCACCAUCCUCAUGGGUUACAAUCUCGCGCUGAUGAGCGGCGCGCAGCUGUUCAUCCGGGAGGACCCGGGCCUCUCCGACGUGCAGAUCGAGGUGCUGACGGGGUCCAUGAACCUGUUCAUGCUCGUGUCCAUCCUCGGCCCUGGAUGGGCGGCCGACCUCCUGGGCCGCCGGGGCACGCUCGUGCUUGCCAAUGCCUUCCUCAUGGCCGGAGCGCUCGCCAUGUCGGCCGGCAGCAGCUACGCCGCGCUCGUAGCCGCGCGCUUCGUCACCAGCGUCGGGGUUGGGUUCGCCCGCGUCGUCGCGCCGGUGUACAACGCCGAGAUCUCGCCGGCGUCCACGCGCGGCGUCCUGUCGUCCUUGCUAGACGUUCGUACACAUAUGCCGGCAUGCGGCAUCGUUUUUUUACCUUUUUACAAAGCUUGA